AUGAGCCCCUAAACCGCCUCCUCAUGCUGCUGCCAGGCCCCGUAAUCUGCCAUGGGCCCCCGUACCGGACUCCCCUCAUGCUGCUGCCAGGCCCGUAAUCUUGCCAUGGGCCCCCGUACCCGCCGUCCUCAUGCUGCUGCCAGGUCCAAGAGUGUGUCAUGGGUCCCUGUACGGCCUCCCAUUGCUGCUGUCUCCAUCGCCACACUCUGCCCAUGUGCCACUUUCAGGUCGCCUCCUCACACUGCUGGUGUUUCCAUUUUUGUCAUAGGGUGCUGAGUAUGGCCUCCCCAUUGCUGCUGCCCUCCAAACCCGCACACACUGUUGGCUACCACACUCUGGUUUUGGCCCCGUGACUGCCCAAAUGAGUGAAGUGUGCGUUGAUUCUAAGAUCGACAACGGCACUCAUCUGCAUGUCAUACUGACUGUCAGUAUUAUUUCUCUUCCCCAGCAGAACUCCAAGGGCAUUUAAAUUAAAGGUACAGUGUUCUGCACUAAUAUAA